AUGAGAGAUCUGGCGGAAUUGUUGUUGGAACCGGCAUACACGCUGCUGCUCGCCACCUGCUUUGAAGCGCUCUUGCCCGAAAUCAUCUCGACGUGCUUGGACGAGGCUCUGCAAUCGCACCCACCUUCCUCUUCACACGCGCACCUCACCUCUCCCUCUGCCCACCCACACACCCAACGUUUGCGGUCCGCAUUUACAGCCAUCGCUGCAUUACUGCCUCCUUUUGCUCAAUGCUUUCCGUAAGUCGAUAUCGCGCCAACGGCUUGCACAAGCCUAAUCCUCGCUCACACCUUCCCAAUCAUCCUUUGCGCGGUCAUCAUAGCGCUGCAUUGCGCAUGCUCUGCCACCCCGCCUUCUCAGAUGGCCCGCUCGCGCACCUUUCCGCGUCCGCGUCCGCAUCCGCACCUGCACAGAGUCUGUCAUCUAUCGACGAAGCCAAGCUGCACGUAGACGCUGACGAGCGGCUCGAAGAUGGAUCCGCCCUUCAGACGAUGCUGCUCAGCUGGUAUCGUCUUCUUCACGCCGCACCCGCUCUCUCCUCUUACUCCCCCACAUCCUGGCCCACCCAGCAGUUGGAGCGCAUCAUCACCCAUCCAAUCCCGGAUGCCUACUCCAAAACGACGAGGUUGAUAGCCAUUCAGGCUUUAUCGGCUCAGCAAGGUAUCGCAGAGUCUACGAGGGUGGAGAUGGAAGCUCGGUACGUCGGUAGGCCCGCUACUGGCAGACUACCACUGGAGGAGAAGCAGAAGGAAGAAAAGGAAGGAGCGGUGGAUGCGUGGAUCGAGGUGCGCUCUUUGAACUCGUCGGUAGUCAAUGCGGAGCGUGUAGAUGCUUGGAACUUGGCUCUGGAGGAAUUGAGGAGGUGCGAUCGAGUCCGGCAUGCUCAAGAGCAGUCCAAGUCGCACGGCGGCGGCGGGGGCAGUAUGCGCAUCACGCGGGCGGAUCUGGGAGCUUAUACCACAAUCAUUGGUGGGACACUGGUGUUCAAGAUUGUGCCACUGCAACACUUUGCGCAAGGGCUUCCUGCCGCAGUAAAACCGCCCGCUCAACGAUCUCGCUUCAUCGAGACCGGAGCGCUGCAAAAGCCCCUGACUGAUCUUGUUCGGCUAUUGGCGCUACGCCGGCCUAUUCUUUUAUCCGGACCGCCAGCCUGCGGCAAGACGUCGCUACUGGAGCACGUGUGUGCACGCAUGCGCUCGUCGGAGAGCCCGACCUCCUCCAAUCUCCCCAUACUCUCGCUACAUUUAGGCGAUCAAUCAGGACUCGAUGCCAAGGCUCUUCUGGGCAGCUUCGUCUCCUCCCCUACCCGACCAGGCACAUUCGAAUGGUCCGAAGGAGCUUUGACUCGGGCAGUCCGACUUGGACUCUGGGUCGUCUUGGAAGAUAUCGACCGAGCAUCCGGCGAGAUCCUUUCGCUGAUCAAGCCGCUCGCGCAAGCGUUGGGAUCUGCCAACACGCCGGGCGGUAGGCCGCAAUUGGAUCUGGGAUGUCGAGGCAAGGUACAAGCGGGACACGGUUUUGCGCUGUUCGCUACGCGAAACGUGCAUGCUUCUCGAGCGAACGCUUCGACGCUCGACGAUGCCGAUGCCUUGCCGCCGUCCCCGGUGUUUAUGGGACAUGGGCACUGGAACAACGUGGACGUGCUCUCGCCCAGCCUAGACGACGUGCAAGAGAUUUUGCGCCGCAUGUUCCCUCGACUGGCGGAGGCGCAAGAUGGAGCGCUAAGUCGCAUGGUGAGCGUAUGGAGCUCCGCUGCUGCGCUCUCCUCGCGUCUGGCCAAGAGUUCAAGCGGCGCGCGUACGAACGGUACGAGAUCCGGCUCGAGGAGAAAUGUGUCGGUGAGGGAUCUGGUCAAGUGGGCUGGGCGAGUGGAGGCCAUGUUGAGCUCGGCGGGUGGAAGAGCGGCUACAAACCCUUUUGCGAAUCAGGCGAUGCAAGAGGAGAUCUUUGCGGAGGCUUGCGAUGUCUUUUUGGGCGCUUUGAUCCCUCCGUGAGUAGGGGUGUGGUGCGGACGCUGCUGCCUCGUGAGGUUUCUGACAAGACUCAAAACACUUGUUUUGACGGCGGCAUCUUUGAUCCGCUUUGUCAUUCACCAGAGCGUCUGCUCUCUUGACAGCACCUGCUGGCGCUAACGCCGUGCGCAAGCUGUCUGCCAGCAACGAAGCAUAUGCGGAACUUCUCGAGAGCUUAGCAACGGGUCUUGGUCUCUCUACCGAAACUGCAUGCUUCGCGAUUCAAGGCCGCACUCCCGAGCUCCUGCUGCGCUCUUCGCAGAGCGGCGCACGUCGACCUGGAGAGGCUCAGCAAGGCACGCACGUUCGCAUAGGCCGAGUCGAGUUGAAUCGCGCACCUCGUGGGACCUAUCAGACAGCAGUAGGGCCUCCAGCAAACAGCUUUGCAAUGACUCGACCGGCCUUGCUUCUCCUGGAGCGACUGGCUGCUUGUGUGUCCCAGGCAGAACCGGUACUGAUGGUAGGCGAGACGGGAACGGGCAAAACGACCAUUGUUCAGCACCUCGCUUGCAUGCUUGGAAGACCGCUGACGGCGCUCAAUCUCAGUCAACAGACCGAAAGCAGCGAUCUACUAGGCGCUUUCAAACCGCUCGAUGCCAAAUUGCCGGCAACGGAACUUCAUAACGCGUGGCUGGAGCUGUUCGAAAAGACCUUUUCGGCAAGAAGAAAUGCGCGCUUUGUGGAUGCGGAGAGGAAAGCUUUUGCGCAAGCCAGGUGGUCAAGAUUGGCUGCUCUGUGGAACGAGUCUGCCAAGAUGGCGGCUACGAGACGUCGCAAGGAGGAGCAACAAGGAUCGAGCGGAGAGACGCCGAGCAGAAGCUCGCCGGGAGCUACGUCUCGCAAAAAGAGGCGAACGGACGAUGGGCCUGCUACUGCCAGAGAUGAAGCGCUGGAUAUGGCCUGGCAAGAAUUUGCUGAAAAAGCUCGACAAUUCGAGAUUCAUCAUGCCGCAAAGAAGCGCAAUUUCGUCUUUAGCUUCGUCGAGGGUCCGCUAGUCCGCGCGCUGCGCACGGGUGCUUGGGUGCUGCUAGACGAGGUCAAUUUGGCCGCUCCGGAGACGAUCGAUUGUCUUUCGGCCCUCUUGCAAUCAAGCUCCAGCAGCCUCGUGCUGACGGAGAGAGGUGAUCUAGAGCCGGUGCCUCGUCAUCCGGACUUUAGAAUCUUUGCCUGCAUGAAUCCAGCUACGGAUGUAGGCAAGCGAGAUUUGCCAGGUAGUCUGCGUAGCAGGUUCACGGAGCUGUACGUGCCUAGUCCGGCGGCGGAUCGAGAAGCGCUCACAUCCAUUGUGGACAAGUAUGUGGGACAUUUGGCGCAUGGAGAUCGAUCGGCCAUCAUGGAUGUUGCGGAGACGUACUGGGAGCUACGCACGCUUGCGGAUGAUCACGAGCUUGCGGACGGAGCGAAUCAGAGGCCCCACUACUCUAUACGAACCUUGUCGCGUGCCCUCACCUUUGCGGCAGACGUGUCGGCCACGUACGGACUGCGACGAGCCCUCUGGGAAGGUUUCACCAUGGCUUUCGUGUUGCUGUUGGAUGGGAAGAGUGCCAAGAUUGCCUGCGACAUCUUGCAGCGACGCAUCCUCUCGCGCGCCAAGAACGCACAUGCUGCGGCUAGCUUUGUGCCAGCUGCGCCCGACUCGAACACGUGCGUGCAGGUGGGAUCUUUUUGGUUGGAAAGAGGACCUUUGGAAUUGGAUGCUGCGGAGGAUUAUGUCCUCACGCCUUCUGUGCAGGAGAAACUCGUGGGACUUGCGAGAGCGGUCGUUACGCGACGCAACCCCGUGCUGAUCCAAGGACCUACAUCUGCGGGAAAGACGAGCGCGGUAGAGUACCUCGCUAGAAGGACGGGACAUCGUUUUGUCCGCAUCAACAAUCACGAGCACACGGAUCUCCAAGAGUACAUUGGCUCGUACGCUUCGGAUGCCGAUUCCGCAAGGCUCGUCUUUCACGAAGGGUUGCUGGUUCGCGCUCUGCGAAACGGGGACUGGAUCGUCCUGGACGAGCUCAACUUGGCGCCCACCGAUGUUCUGGAAGCUCUGAACAGACUGCUAGACGAUAAUAGGGAGCUCGUCAUACCCGAGACUGGCGAAGUGGUGCGACCUCAUCCUCACUUUAUGCUCUUUGCGACGCAGAACCCUCCAGGUCUGUACGCCGGUCGCAAAGUCCUAAGCCGCGCGUUUCGAAACCGGUUUUUGGAAAUCCACUUUGAUGAUGUGCCGCAGGCGGAGCUUGAAGUCAUCUUGACGCACCGAUGCUCCAUCGCUCCUUCCUACGCCAACAAGAUUGUCGCGGUAUUCGUGGAGCUGCAGAAACGUAGACAGGCGGGAAGAGUGUUUGACACCAAACAGGCUUUCGUUACCCUUCGUGAUCUUUUUAGAUGGGGACAAAGAGAGGCGGUGGGGUAUCAAGAGUUGGCGCACAAUGGCUACAUGCUCAUUGCGGAAAGAGCUAGGAGAGCAGACGAUAAGGUCACCGUUCGACAGGUCGUCGAGCAGGUCAUGCGCGUCAAGAUCGACGAAAAGGCACUCUAUGACUUGAAGGGUCCAGCGUCCGCUCGACUGGGCGACGGAAUCGCUGAGCGUUUGAGGUUGGAAGCUUCGCGAGCUGGAAUCGUCUGGACGGAAGCGAUGCAGAGGAUGCUGUGCCUCGUAGCUGCAGCUCUGCAGUACGACGAGCCCGUGCUGCUCGUGGGAGAGACGGGUGCGGGCAAGACGAGCGUGUGCGAAGUGCUCGCUGCUGCGAUGGGAAGAGAGCUUCAUCAAGUCAAUUGCCACCAGAAUACAGAUGCGGCCGACUUGCUUGGAGGUCAACGACCCUUGAGGAAUCGAGCGGCUCAACAGGCUCAUGCGAGAGCAGUCGCUCUCGAAGCGCUCGCCUUGGUGCACGAUCCUCUUGCUGAUGUGAGCAGCGAGGCGGAUCUGGAAGAUCUCGCUGCUGCACUAGCAAAAAACGCUUCUGCAAGUACCGAGCCUCUCCUGACGACCGCAUUGCAAGCUGUCCAUCGAGCCAUGGCUCUGUUCGAAUGGCAAGAUGGUCCGCUGGUUCAAGCGAUGCGCCAUGGCAGUCAUCUGCUGCUCGACGAAAUCUCCUUGGCGGACGAUAGCGUGCUGGAGCGACUCAAUUCUGUGCUCGAGUCCGGUAGAACGCUCGUGCUGGCUGAACGUACGGGCGCUCAGCUAGACAAGACGGCCGAGGGGGCGCUCGACUCGGCUCAUCUGCGCGCUGCCUCGGGCUUUCAGGUCGUCGCCACCAUGAAUCCGGGAGGCGAUUACGGCAAGAAGGAACUCAGCCCUGCGCUGAGGAACCGCUUUACGGAGAUAUGGGUGCCGCACGUGGAGGAUCGGAGGGACUUGAUGCGCAUUUUGGAUGCGAAGUGGAACAGACCGGAAUUGCAGCGGUGGGGCGCGCCCAUGCUGGACUUUACGCAAUGGUUCAUCGCAGAAGUCGGAGGACGGGAUCAGGCAAAUUUGGGCGUGAGGGAUUUGCUCGCUUGGACGACUUUUAUCAAUCAGACGGCCCAGGUGGUGCUUGAAGAGCAAAAGGCUUUUGUUCAGGGCGCUAUGAUGGUCAUCGUGGAUGGCGUGGGAUCACUCCCAGCUACCGCUGCGAUGACCCCUGCUGGAGUGCGCGCCCUGCGCACGCGAUGCGUGGCGCAGCUUCAUGAUGUGGUGCGCUCCGUCAGCAAUUCCACGAUGGAUAUGGGGGAGGAAGACUUGCUGACGGUGCGUCGGACAUCUACGCACUUUUCUAUCGGUCCCUUUUCUGCACGCAGAAAGGACGCAUUGUCGGACAGGGAAGUGUCUGGAGCGAACGACUUCAGCUUCGAGGCGAGGACGACGGCGAGCAAUGCGAUGCGCGUCCUUCGAGCGCUCUGCGUGCCUCGCAAAGCCAUCCUGCUCGAAGGCAGCCCUGGAGCGGGCAAGACGAGCUUGAUUGCGGCUCUGGCUAGAGCUAGUGGGAAUGCGCUGACGAGAAUCAACUUGUCGGAUCAGACGGAGCUGACAGACUUGUUUGGUGGAGAUCUUCCGCUCGAGGGCGGAGCUGCUGGACAGUUCGAGUGGAGGGAUGCUGCGUUCUUGAGAGCUAUGCAGGCGGGCGAUUGGUGAGUUUCAACUCCCGCGCGCGCGCGUCUGCGCUUCUGCUGUCCGAGUGUGCUGCCGGAUGCUGACCUUUAUGAGCGCGUGUCGUCGUCGACUGGGCAGGGUGCUGCUCGACGAGAUGAACUUGGCAUCUCAGACCGUGCUGGAGGGACUCAAUUCUUGUCUUGAUCACAGAGGCACGGUCUACGUCCCGGAAUUAGGACGCACCUUUACAAAGCACGAGGACUUUAGACUUUUUGCGGCGCAAAAUCCUCAUCAUCAAGGCGGCGGUCGCAAAGGCUUGCCAAAGUCCUUUUUGAACCGCUUCACAAAGGUUCACGUGGAUGAGCUUGAAGCUGCAGAUAUCCUCACCAUUUGCGCUCACCUCUAUCCCGCUUUCCAUCAGCGGGAUUUGAGGCGCAUGAUCGAGUUUAAUGCUCGUCUGUACGAUGCUACCAUGGUCACCCGGAGCAUGGGCAGGGCGGGAGCGCCUUGGGAGUUCAAUUUGCGUGACCUUUUGCGCUGGCUCUCGCUUUUGCACUCCGAUCUAGGCCUCAAUUGGCGUCGUAGCCCUGUGCAGCACUUGCCCGCUCUCUUCUUGCAGCGUUUCAGGAACAAACGCGAUCGACGAGCUGCAGCUGCCAUCUAUCAACAGGUUUGGGGAGAAGAGAUCGACGUCGAUCAUCGUCCACAACCUACGGUCACGCCCAGGUUCCUGCAAGUGGGCCACGCGGUGUUGCCUCGCCUGCCACGCCAGGCAGAGGAUCAUGCAAAGCUGGCCUUUCCCCAACACAUUUUACCAGCUAUGGAAACGCUCAUCGAUUGUGUUCACCUCGGCUGGCUCGCUAUUCUCACAGGACCCAGCGGUGCAGGAAAGACUUGUGCUGUAAAGUUGCUUGCUCAGCUUGCGGGCACUCGUUUGGAGGAGCUCUGCAUGAGUUCGGGCAUAGAUGCUAUGGAUGUGCUGGGCACUUUUGAGCAGGCGGACCCUUUGGUGAAGCUUCGUGGAGACUUGACGAGACUGGACCAUGCUCUGCAAGCCCUCGAAAGCUCGCAACUUGCUGCUUUACCUGACCACGACCAGCUCGAUGCCGCGCGCCACCGCGUUGCUCAGCUCCUGUCGAGUGGCAGCGCGAUGACAGACGAUCAACAGACGCAGCUCAUCGCUUCCAUAGAGCCGCUGGCUCUCGUCGACGAAACAUUUGCAGUGCGGGAGGCGCUAGAGGGCGUCGGAAAAGCGGCCAAAGCUGCAGCUAGUCAGGCUGGACGCUUCGAGUGGCACGAUGGGCCCUUGGUGCGAGCCAUGAAGCGCGGCGACUGGCUCCUGAUCGACGACGCAAACUUGUGCUCCGCAUCGGUUUUGGAUCGUCUCAAUUCUCUUUUCGAGCAAGGUGGAUCUCUCAUACUCAGCGAGCGCGGCGUCAUCGAUGGAGAGAUUCAGGUCGUCAGAGCGCAUCCCUCAUUCAGAGUCUUCAUGGCUCUGGACCCUCAGCAUGGCGAGCUUAGUCGAGCGAUGAGGAAUCGAGGCAUCGAAGUGUACGUCCCUGCUCCAGACGCUUCUACGCCCGAUCACCUAGCGAAGCACCUCUCCACCUUGCUGCCCCAAAGCUCUGCCAGUGCUUUAGCAUUGGCACGCUUCCGGAUCGAUGAGCGCUCGAACGAGCUGCAACGCGAAGCGGCCUGCGUCCACAUCGUCCAAGCUUUACCUGCGCACUUGCUGACCCUGGCCAUGCGAGUGUCUUCAUCGACGGCCACGGAGGUGGACGCGGCGGUCAUCGAGUAUCUGCGGACCCACGCAAUUCAACACCAUGCCUUGGCCAGGAGCACGAUUUUUGCCCAAACAAACGCUCUGGACUUGGCAGUGCUAAGCUCUUUUGGACCUGACCUCCGUGCAAAUGCCGCCACCGCUAGCGGCACUGCUGAUCAAGACAUGUUCGGGCAAGCUAUCGCACUGCUCGUCCAGACGACCGUGGAGCUCUCAAAGCUCAAGUCCACUGCGCAGGCAUCCUUGUCAAAGACCGAAGAUGCGUUGACGGCCCUCGAAUGGUCCGCCCUUCGUUUUGGUGGGCGCUCGUUUGAGCGCAAAGCAGAACCGCCAGUGAUCUUUGCGCUUGCUGUUUUGGUGCCGCAAAUAGCCCAGCAAAUUGUUCCGACAAGCGACGCAUCGUCGUGUCAUGCUGUCGCGCAGCUAGUCGACAUUGCAUCGUAUCUAGGUAGUCUUUCAUCCCAAUCGCCCAACUUUGACUACUCUUCGGCACACGUCCUCAUCAAGCUGAUGUUUCAGGCUGCUGCACAGCUGGCGCAAAACGACGCCCAUGCGCAGCAGGCGUCUCGGAUCGUCGGCGUAUUGCAUCAGCUUGACUCCAAUGUGAAAUUGGUCACGGGCUUGGCGAUGAGGGAGAUUUGGGCAAUGUGUCUGGGUCAUGGCCAAGAUGAUGUCGAGGCGGCGUCGGCCGCGGCGAACGUCAUUCGCCUGCUCCAUCUCGUGCCCCGUCAAGCGCUUCCGCCCGGUGAGUAGCUCGCCGCCACGCCGACGCUCGCACUCUCUUCAAAGCUGACAUGACGUUGUCCUCACAGACCUAGCGCGCACCUCGAUCGAUGUAGCCGCGACGCUCACAUCGCCCGACAAGGCCUGGCAGGCCAAUCAGCGCGCCGAGCUGCUGGACAUCGCAAGCAGACUGUCUGCGCAGCUCCAGGCUGCAUCGCUUGUGGCCCCCCAGCAUCUCGAACAACAUGCGCGGCCACACGAGCACGUAGCGCGAGCACUCGCGGCUUGCGAGACGGGACUGAAGCACUGUGCUCGAGCAGCUGGCCUCGACGACUUUGCUCAUGGGCGCAAGUGCCUCGACGCGUUCAUGAAAGCUGCGUGUAACGACAGUUCUUAUGACCUGACGUCUCUUGUCUCGCUUAGGAGAGACGCAUGGGGAACGCGCGUUGCUGCGGGCUUGCACCCUGCGAUUUCUCCCGCGCAAAGCUCGGGUGAUCUGGCCUGGGCCGCAAAAUUGUGGGAUCUGGACGCAGCGUUUAGCCCGGCAGAUCUCUUGCGCCCACUGAGACUCCAAAGCGCCGUCAAGAUCGGGUGCGUGUCUCUCUCCGAGCGACUGCGACUGGUACUCCUCAUCAACUGCUCACAUUGUCUUCCUGUUCGUUGUGUCACUUCAUAGCUCUCCAAGAUCCGUCUCUUUGGCGGAACUUGCUGCUCACAAGCGUGAAGCAGCACGCGUGGCUGAACUCUUCAACUUGGAGUUGUCUCUCCGCGCACCGCCUCGUGCUGCUCGGCUUCAUGCUGCGCUACAACGCCUUGUGCGAGAGGUGGGUAUCUGGAUGUGCCGUGAUGCCUCUUCUACAUUUGCUGACCGCCCAUACCUUUUCCUCCAGCUUACUGAUGCACUCAUCCCACUCCUGGCUAGCGAGGCAUCCGCGCAGCUACGAGACUUUGCGCACCGCUUCGUGCGCGACGAAGUCAUAACGCUGGACGAUCUUGAGGCGCUUGUCGCGCAUUUGGACAGCACGAAUCCCGCUACACGUUUGCCGGUACUGAACAUCUGGCUUGAGAUGGUGGAGUAUCUUUUGCGCGUAGGCUCCACGGAUCACGCCGAUGGCUUGAUGCGCUUGGGUCUUGCCUGGAUCAAUGUGUCUUGCGGUAUGCUCUCUCUGUUUCACCCCAACGUGGCCGUCGAUCCUUUGGUCACAGAGCGCACCCAAGGAGGACUGUCGGCCUGGCAAGGUGCGCGUCUCCAAGCGCAGAUCGAUGUCGCCGCGCGUGCGGAAGCUGUGCUCACUGGCAAUUCUAGCAGUCCGCUGACGCGCUCGCUGAUGGCAAAGCAUGCAGCACUGAUGCUCGAGCAGCCUGGAGCUGCCGAUCGGGCUCUCGAACGAAAGCCUGAUCUCUCAAAGCUCACCUCUUUGCAUCGGGAGGUGAGCACCUUUGUGCAGACCGUGUACCAAAGAGGUUUGCUCGCGCAGCUAGCAACAGAACAGCAUCGCGACAGUCUCCCAACAGACUUUGAAGCCAGGGAACAAGAUUUGCAAGUCACUCUGGGCGCUUUCCGACAGCGUCUAUCUGCAGUCCACGGCUCUUCGAUGGAAGACCUCGUAGCACCGAUUCUUGUUGUCCUAGACGGCACGCGAUUGGGUCUGCGGGUGUUGGCACAAGCCGUCAAAGUUCAAGGCCAGACCGAAAGUAGCAAGAGGCAUUGCGAACUUUUGAGCGCCCUGACCAGCUUUCCCACGAUGCGGGCCACUCAGCUCUACGCCAAGGUUCAACUGCCAGUGCGGCUAAAGGAGCAGGGAAGAGCGAGCGCACUCUCGGCUUCGCUGCUACUCACAGCGGUCGCUUGCAUCAGCGAAGACGUCUCGAAAGGCGUGAGCCUCCAAUCUAUCUUGCAACGCCUUGUUGUGGUCUAUGAUCAGAUCUACCAACUUUGGGUACUCGAUCGGGACAGGGAGCGCCGCGCUCAAGAGCAAGAAGCUACUUUGUACAAGUCGCGCAACUUGGACAAUCUGAUUCAGGAUGAAGCUGCUGCGGAGGAGGCCGAGUUUCUCGAGCUCUUUCCCGAAUUUGAAGACGUCAUGGAGACUGGGUACGAUAGCAGAACACCACAGCCAACUUCGGCAAAUGUGUCCACGACAAGCUUCAGCAAAGACCACAUCAACAGCCUCUAUCAUCUUCAUUCGGCCAUCUUUGGGACUUCUUCCCCUCAGAUCAGCGUGCGAGCAUCGGCGCUGCUGCAGUCGCUACGCCAGGAUGUCCUGCAACGUGCACUCCUGGCGUCACGUGAGACCCUGCCCGAGGCUCUCGACCAAAUCAGCGCGCCGCUCUCAGUUCAUAUGGUCACCCAAAGUGCACUCACGCCCGAUUCUUCGACUUUGCCAGCACCCGACUUUUACACGGCGGCAAACCUGCCUCAGACGAGCAAAGCCGUUGCGAUUGUCGAGCGACUCCGAGAAAGGCUCACCGCCUUGAUCACUGAAUGGCCCGAGCAGAUGGUACUGCAGCACAUCCGAGAACGUUGUGAAGCUAUACUGCGCCUCGACAGCGGCUUGCCAGUCGCUAGGAUUCUUGCAGCUCUGGAACAACUACUGGUCCACACUGAGGAUUGGGAAGGAUAUGCGAGCUCAGCGACUAGCCUCAAAAUUUCUCGGGAUGAAAUCAUUGGGCAGAUUAUCGAGUGGCGUCGCCUCGAGCUGGAAUGCUGGUCGAGCCUUUUGGAUACGCAAGCUGAGCGAUUUGCAGCGCCUACUGCGGACUUCUGGUUCCAGCUCUUCGAGGUCGCGGUAAGGGGUAUGCAGGCAGCUACCAUGGAAGGCACCGAACAAGCGCAAGACCAUCUCCAAAAGCUGAUUGCUUUGCUGGACCAAUACGUCCGAUCGAGCUCUUUCGGGACGUUUGGGCCUCGUUUAGAGCUGCUACACUCAUUCUCCACCUUCCUGGAUGCUCUGGUCGGCGGUAGCUUGCCACAAGAAGAAUGGCUCGGUCUCGACAAGGUCGCGACAGUGCUCCAGAACGUCAACAACUUUUACGGGCAGCUCAAGCCCAAGGUCGAAGAGACACUGCACAGGCAGCGCGAUGCAAUCGAGAAGGAAAUCCGAGACUUUGUCAAGCUUGCCUCGUGGAAGGAUGUCAACAUUCAUGCGCUGAAGCAGAGUGCACAAAAAACACACAGGAAGCUGCACCGCUGCAUUCGCAAGUUCCGAGACGUUCUGCGUCAGCCCGUGGACCCUCUCCUUGCCACUGCUGCUCAGAGCUCCGCUUCAGUUGUUGCCGAUGAGAAGGGUCUCUUGCCCGCGGGCGGCGGUUCUUCGUUGCCAUUGGGCCAGGCGGAAGUCGAGAAGAUCUUGACGCGAUCUAGCCUUCCAGCGCGAGCUUCAGACACUCCACCCCACCUUGUGGACCUGUCGCGAACAGCGAGCAAGCUGGCUGCGUUCUCUGCAAAUCAGCUAGCCGAGGCGCUAGAGUCAGGCCUUCCUACGGCAAUGGAUGAGCUUUCCGGAACGAUCAUCAGCCGGUCUGCUGAGCUCGCAAAGUUGACACCCGCAGUAGCCACCGAACAGAACGCCAAGACCAUUCGCGCUCUCACUUCACGCAAGAGAAAGGCUCUUUCAGACCUCAUGCGUGAGCUGCGCAGAGUCGGCUUGCGUUCUGCAGUCCGUCCAGAGCUUGUGGCUCGUCACAAAGAUGUCACCUAUCUGUACGUGCAGAGAGGCGUGACGGAAUCGGAAAAUCCACACGUCCAGCGAGCCCUUGCAGGAGCGGAUCGCUACCAUUACCGUCUUCUUGCUGCUUUGCCUCACCUUCGAGAGUCUGUCAGCUCUCGGACGGAUGAUGUUCCCGUCGCAGACCUGCUGAAAGGUAUCAACUUUGUUGAGCAUGCUUCGAGCCUGACUUUCGCCAGCCGAGCGGAGCUAGCCACCUUGACGCGACAGGCAAAUGCCGCCCGCGGCAUCUCGACUCGGCUGCAAUACUUAGCCACAUCAGACGGACCAGCAACGGCUUGCAAACCAGGCAUCGUGCCGGCCCUGGCCGCGCUCGUUGAUUUCCUCGCUCGAGCUGUGGAAGGAUUAGGAGAGGCCAUCUCAAAUACGCCCGUUUACUUGCACUUUUCUCCGCUUGAAGACAGCCGUAUUGCCUUGUCUUUCCUGUGGGAUAGCGUCAAAGGAGAAGUUUCGCGCUUGUCAGCCACGCGGACCAGCCUCCUCUCUCUGCUUGCCACCCUCAGAAUGUCUUCUUGCCUCUUUUUGUUGCAGCACGAGGCAAAACUGCUGGGCGCUGGGACAGAAGCGCUGGAUGCCAUUGUGCGAGAGCUCGAAGUUAUUGGGCGCCGGCAUCCAGACCUCUCUGCUAUGACACAGCCGCUCGGUGAAUGGAUAUCGCAAGAAGCUGAUGACGUCUUUGCUGGCUGCCGGAGCGCUCUGCAAGGAGCAGCAGACCCAGCCAACAGAGAACCCGCCAGUGACCGGCUCGUUUCCUCUGUGCUCGUCAUUGCACAAGAGCUUCACAAGCUCGGUCAGCAGCACAGUUCAGACGUCGUCGACGAUGAGAUGGCGGAUCAAGCACUAGCGCGGCGUAUCGAGCAUACUGCACGAAUCAGCCAAACGCUGCGGUUCGAACAGGUCCAAGAUUCUCUCAUGGAGCUCUUUGCAAGCGCAGUCUUCGAGCCUGCAUCUAACAUGGAUGGCUCUCUUGCACGCGUGACGCCCUUCGUGGCCGAGUACGCUGGGCUCAUUGAGCGCCACUUGGCCACAUCCGCUGCAUGUUAUCGCAAUUUGGUCAAGCUCACGCUCGUCUUGUGCAACACGUUUACAUCGCUCAGCCUCAAAGGCUUUUGCAAGCCAGCACAAGCUGAUGACAAUCAAGCGGAGGCAGACGGAGAAGGCGGAGAACAAGUCGAAGGCGGGACGGGUCUAGGUGACGGCUCCGGCGCCAAAGACGUCACGGACCAGAUGCAGGACGACGAAGAGAUGGAGGAGCUGCAAGGUGAAAAAGCAGAGGAGGAGGAUGGCGAAAAGGGGGAGACACAGCGCGAAAAGAACGCCAGAGAGAUGGAAGAAGACUUUGGAGGAGAGCUGGAGAGUGUCGCAGAUCAAGGAGAAGACGAGCAGGGUCAAGAUGAUCAAGACGAGGCAGACGACGAGGAUCUUGAUGAACAGCGUGGCGGCGUCGAUCCGCUGGACCCGAAUACUGUUGAUGAGAAAAUGUGGGGAGAAGAGAAUGGGAACGAGGGCGAGGAGGCCGAGCACAACCAGGAUCAGACCGACAAAGAUCUCGACGGGCCACAGCAAGGUCCCGAAGAGUCCGUUGCCAAGGAUCGUUCCAAGCAGAAGCAGGACUCGGCGGCGGACAACAAGCCCGAGUCUUCACAGGACGAAGACGGCGCCGGCAACGAGCAAGAUGCCGCAGAAGACGUAUCCGAUCUUGACGAAGACCAAAAGGACGACGGCGACUCUGCGAAUGCGGAAGCAGACGCGCCUGAAAUGGAGCAAGGCAUGGGUAGGCAGCUCGACGAGCAAACUGCUGAAGCUGACAAUCUAGACUUUCAAGACGAGCUGGAGCUCGACGAGCGGGCAGAUGAUGGUAGCGAGCUGAGCUUUGAUGAAGAUGAAGAUCCGCAGCAACCGCCCGAUGAGUCAAACGCAAAUGAUGCAGCUACGGAACUGGAGCCUGACCGAACGCAAGAUCCUGCCGACGCCGAUCACCCCGAGUCUGCAGACGCAGGGCAAGAUGCUAUGGACAUCGCUGGCGAUAACGAGGAUGGUGGCGAAGCGAACUCUUCUGAAGAGGAUGAGGACGCUGACGAUGCAGAGGUUGCGGAAAAUCUAGGCGCAGAGCGAGCGGCGCCCGAAAAUCAGCAUUCUCAGCCUCAAGAUGCGGCAGUGCAAUCUGCAAUGGAUGAAGAUGCUCCCGCCGACGGCGGUGAUGCGGACGAGGGUGCUUCCGCAGAGCAACAGAACGCAUCACGGUCUAGAUCGGGUCGCCAAGCACAAGAUGGCGAAGAAGCAGAGCCGCAAGACGGGGAUGUCACCCGCAACCAAGACGGUGAAGCAGAUACUGCUCGCUCCGAAGCAAAGCCAGAAGACGCUCAACAGAAUGUAAAGCAGUCUCGGCGCGAGACUCAAGACGCUCAGGAGGGCGCUAAAGAGCAAGUCGAUGAGGCGAAUGGUGAAAGCGAGUCGGGGAAGCCUGAACGGAGUCUUGGAGAUGCUUUGCAAGACUUCAGGCGCGACAUUCAAGCCAUCGAGGAGGCGAUGGCGGCCGAUGAGCGAGCCACGGAUCAGGCCAGACCAGACGGAGAAGGAAUGCCCGAGACUGGCGAGGUGGAGCACAUUGGACCUGACGAGGAGACUGAUCUUCAAGCUUUGGGGGCCGCUGGCGAAGAUGACGAAGUCCAGCGUCUGCCCGAUACCGGCAUUGCAGACGAGGAACAGGGCGUGACUGAUACGUCUGUACAACAAUGGGAAGACUCAGUCAAGCCAGCUGAUCGUGACUUGGCCCCUCAACCGCUUGGCGAGGCACCGAUGCAGAUGGAUACGGAAGAUGCAGGUCCAUCGCAAGAAAAGCAGGCCAAAGCUCUAGACGCGUCACAGACGCGGUCCAAUGGACACCUGGAGCCUGGCGCUGAUGCGAUGAAUGAGCUCGAAGAUGGCGCUCUCGCUGCGGCAAAUGAUCGUGGAGAUGACGAGUCAGAUCGCGCGAGCCCCAUGCCCGAAGAUGAGCGUCGCCAAGCGGACGCGGACAUUGAAGCAGAUUUGCUCGCUCUUCGAAGCGCGAGCGAUGAUCACGACAAAUUGGAAAGAGCUGGCGAACUUUGGCGCGCUUACAUCGCAUUGACGUCGGAUCUCGCCUUUGGCUUGUGCGAGCAGCUUCGUCUGAUCUUGGCACCCACUCUAGCCACUCGACUCAAUGGGGAUUUCCGCACCGGGAAACGUCUCAACAUGCGCAAAAUUGUGCCCUUCAUCGCCUCCGACUUUGCCAAGGACAAGAUUUGGCUUCGCCGCACGAAGCCCAGCGCCCGAGAGUAUCAAGUCCUGCUAGCAGUCGAUGACAGUCGCAGCAUGUCGGAGAAUCGCUCAGCGCACCUCGCAUACCAGACUCUAGCACUUGUUAGCAGCGCGCUUGGACGUCUUGAAGUUGGAGACGUAAGCAUUUGUCGAUUCGGUCAGCAAGUGGAGACUUUGCAUCCUUUCGGUAAAGAUAAGCUGUCAGACUCUGGCGGUGCUCAGCUCGUCGAACGCUUGUCCUUCGAGCAGCGUAGCACCGACGUGCUGAAACUGGUCGAGCACAGUCUGCGCAUGCUCCAAGAAGCUCGGGACAGUCGUACAUCGACGUCCGCAAGCGACUUGUGGCAGCUCGAAAUCAUCAUCUCGGACGGAAUCUGUCAGGUGAGUGUUGAUGAGAGCUACAUCUCGGCAUGCUGGCUUCGCGCAAAGCUUACCGCCUUUUCAUGUAUCGCACAGGAUCACGAGAGACUUCGUGCUCUGCUACGCAGAGCCAGCGAGCAAAGAGUGAUGCUAGUCUUCAUCAUCCUUGACGCGCGACCCAAAGCUCCAACCAGCACCCCUUUAGGCCCUGCUCAAACAAACGGUGACAACAAGCAGCCCAGCACGAGCACGAGCACAAGCAUAGUGGACAUGUCUUCCGUCUCUUACUCCACCAAUCCUGAGAGCGGCAAGAUGGAGCUGGUGAUGAAGAGGUAUCUAGACACGUUUCCAUUCGAAUACUUUGUCGUUGUGAGAGACUUGGAAGCUUUGCCGGACGUGCUCGCUGCUACGCUUCGACAAUGGGCCGAGCGCAUUUCCGGAGAAGCUUGA